AUGCUCCUCAGACGCUCGCGAAGGCUCUUGGCCUCCCCGCCGGGCCUCCCCGCCCGCGCCUUUUUGGAUUCGAUGCGUGUUCGCGUGCGAACGUCGGCGUCGGCGGCGUCGGCGGCUCGCCUCAGCGACUCGGCCAACGCCUCCGCGUCUGCCCUCGCGAGAGGCGCGUUCAUGAUCGCAGCCUCCGAGAUGGUGCGCGGGUACCAACUGUCGCGCGGCGGUGCCUCGCCCACCUCGGCCUCGCGCGUCAUCUCGACGUCCAGCGCUUCCGCCUGCGCGCGAAGCUGUUCGGAUCCCGUCGCUUUCGCCACCCGCCGAACGGUGUCCAUGACGCUGCGCAUGCUGCUCGAGAAGUCCUCGGAGACGAACAAGCCCGGGAUGGCGCCGGGAGUGGCGGACGAGCGCGGAAACGGGGCGGUCGCGGGCGUGCGCGCGGCCGAGACGGCGGCGGCGGUCGCGGGCGUCGCUGCGGGGGUUUCGGGAACGCGGACGGCGGCGGGCGCCAUCCCGGCGCGCAUCUGCGCCGGCGUCACCAGCGGCGGAUCACGAAUCUGCUGCAUCCACUCCGGGAGGUUCCACUCCCCCGCCGUCGCCACCUCCGCCUGCGCAGCCUUGGUCCGCUCCAGGAGCUCGUCCGCGUGCUUGAGAAAGUCCUCCAUGUUCUUCAUGCUGGCCUGGAGAUCCGGCGCGAACGCCGUCGUCGCCGGGGCGGGGGAGGAGGCUCGAAGGCGCGAUGCUGGUCGCGACGAGGGCCUGCUCCCGGGCGCCGGUGACGACGCGCGGCUGCCGUCGCCCUUGCGCAGGAAGUUCUUCUGCGCGGUGCCGAGGUUCAGGCUCCCCGGCGCCGAGUUUUCGCGCCUGGGCUCCCCGGGACGCGGGGGGCGUAUCUGCGUUUCGGGUGGGGCGGGGGGGAUGAUGUCACUUUUUCCGAGUGGGGUACUGGGCGGGGCGGUGGGGUACCGACGGGGUGCCGAACGGUCCGGCCGGACGUGGAAAAGGGGCAUCGAGCCGCUCACCCUGGACGGCGGCGUGAAGAAGCCGUCGUCGCCCAUUUCCGAAGCCGCCGGCGCUCGGCAGCGGCCGUCGAGCAGCGCGAGUCGCGACUGGCGGAACGCAGCUCGGCAGGCGACGCCGAGGGAGCGGGCUGUCUCGACGGGGCGGGGGGGCGGUCGAAUGGUCGACGGAGACCGAUCGUCCGGCGCGGGAGCCGGUCGAACCCCGCCUCUUGGCGCGAGGGGCCGGUCGUCGUCCUUCCCCAAUCUCGCGCAGAACGCGUUCGUCGCUGCGCUCGGAGUGGGCGACGGGGCGCCGCGCGACGCCGCGGCCGGCGCGGCGCCGGCCGGCGGGUCGGACGUCGGCGAGGUCGCGCCGGCGAGGGCGAGCGCGGCGUGGUACCUUCCCCCGCUGGGUCUGCGACACCUGUCGGAGGUGCGCGCGAGGAACCUCGUGCCCCCGAGAGGCGCCGAGCACUCGCGAGGCGCGGGAUUCAGGUUCACGCUCGCCACCGGCGGUGGCGCCGGCGAGCCCGAGGCGGUGGUGUACACGUCGGAGGUGGCGACGGACACGCUGAACCCGGACUGGGAGCCGCUCGACGACGCGGACCUCGAGCGACGCGUUCGUCGCGUCGUCGGCGCCGCCUCGUCCUCGUCCCACGAAUGCGCAGAUCUCGAGAACACGGAUGACGCGACGGCGGACGCGACGGAUCAUCGCGGCGUUCGUACCACCGAUCUAAAGCUGACGGUCUGGCACGUGGAGAACCCCGCGCGCGGCGGCACCGAACGGAGAGUGUUCACGACGCGCCUCGCCCUCGACGACCUCACGCGAAUGCAUCCGAACGCGACCGCAUCCUCGACGCGACUGUCCGUCUUUGGCCCAUUCGACGGUUCCGCCGACGCGGAAGGGGUCGGACUAACGCCGCUCGGAGGCGCGUCCGUCUCCUCCCCGCCCCUCGCGUUCCCGCCCAACACGCCCAUGGUCCGGCUCCUGCCGCGCCGCACGCGAUGGGGCCUCGGAGGCGGCUUGGGCGGGUACGACGCGGGAUACGGCGGGGGUGGCGGGGUAGCCGGGUGGCACCACAGCUGGCACGUUCCGGGAGGACGCUCGUGGCGCGCGCUUCGCGAUGACGCACAUCUGGCGGAUGCGGCGGAUGCGGCGGUCGCGGAAGAUGCCGUGGACGCCCUCGACGCGUCGAGGGCGUCCGCGGAAGGAGGAGGUGUGGAGGGAGGGAGCCGGGCGGCGGGUGGCGGCGGGGGGAAGGAGUCGACGAGCGGGUCGCCCCUCUCGAGAGCGGGCGCGGGGUCCGGCGCAGCCGUCGGCAGGAUCGAACGCGCCGACGCUCGUGCCCUGCGAGCGUCAAUCGAUGCGAUCGUCCACGCCGCCGCGGGGGUGGCGCGCGCGACGCUUCGCCGGGACGCGCUCAGGGACGCCGUCGGCGAGAGGCUGGGUUCGGCCGAAAAGUUUGGGGCUUUCCGGGGGACGCGUACGCCGUCGCGCCCUUCGCUCGCGGCGUUGCGGGGGAUGCUCGUCGACGCGAAGCUCGACGUCGCCGCGUUGCGCCGCGACGUCGAGGCGCACGGCGAGGAUGCGCGACGUCGAACAGCCGUGAACGCUAAGCGCCGCGAGUCGUUAGUCGCCGGGUACGAACGACUGGCUCGGGCGCGCGUCGCGCUCGGAGAAAACGCCGCCGCUCUCGCCGGCGCGCGCGGCCGCGGCCGGCUGCACCAGCAGCAGCGCGCGCUCGUGGCGAGGCGGUGGCGGCUCGUCGCCGACCUCGCGCGGGUGUUCCCCAUCGCGCCCGUUCGGUCCGGCGGCGACGACGACGGAGGAGGAGGAGGAGGAGGAGGAGGGGGAGUGGGAGUGGGAGGAGGAACCGGCGGGAAGCAGAAGCGCAGUUGGAUGGUCGCGGGCGUUCCCCUGGAUCUCGGCCAGUCGGGCAAGCCCAACGGAGCCGGCUCCCUCUCCGCCGCCAUCGGCCACGGUCUGUUGCCCGGGAGCACGGUGUCGCAGUCGGAGCAGGAGCGAAGGGCGUCCGCGUUGGGCUACGUCACGCAGGCGGUGCUUCAGCUCGCGGCGGUGCUCGACGUUCCGCUUCGAUACCCCGUCGCGCCGGGCGCGUCGAGGAGUUACAUAUGCGAUCUGCAGCAGACGUGGGCGUCUUCGCAUGCGUCGAGGGGUGACCGACUCGGGGGAGGUUCGGGCGUUACGGACCGUUACGGACCGGGCUCGCCCAACGCGGGCGAGGGAAGUUCCUCCAGCGCGUACACGGAACGCGCGGUGAUGUGGCGGCGGUACGAGUUUCCCCUCUUCGCGGACGGCGCGUCGGGUAGCGCGGAGAGCACCAAAUUCACGUACGCGGUUUUCCUGCUCAACAAGGACUUGGAGCAGCUGCUCAACGCGCACGGGUUGCUCGCGGUGGGGCCGCGGCAGACGCUGCCCAACCUGCGAAGGCUGUUGCACGGGAGGACGAACCGGUGCGAGGUUGUUUCGGCGGCGGCGGCGGGGGGCGGCGGCGGGGAGGUGGACGAGUCGGUCGCGUCGCGAGUCGCGAGCGGGGAAGAAAACGGCGGCGGUGGGUACGAGGCCACCGUCGCGCUGACGCGUUAG